AGCAUCACUCCCUCUCUCGCACUCACCAGCUGCGCCGCCGUCAGUCUCGGAAUGUAAAGCUCCGCCGCCGCCAGGACUGACUCCGACUCCCUCUGCACCGCUGAGCUCGAAGUGGGACCGCAGCGUCGCGCGGACGCCUCAAACGGGAUUUAAAAGGACACCCUCGUACGGAAUACCAUGUCCUGUUCGAUGACACCGCCCCCUAGUGUCCACCUCGUCCCAAGCUCCUAAUAACGCCAGAAGAUACGCAGGACUGUUUGGCAGCAGACUGGAUACCAUGCUGACGAGUCGGCUCCUGCUCCUCCUCACGCUCCUGUGGUCCAGCGCCGCCCUGCCGUUCACGCCUGGGAAUAUCGGGAAUCUGCUUGGGCUGUCGGGAAGCGACGGGAGGAUUCUCCAGCGCUCCAAACGAGGAUGGAUGUGGAAUCAAUUCUUUCUACUCGAGGAAUACACCGGCACUGACCAUCAAUACGUGGGCAAGCUUCACUCCAACAUGGACAAGGACGACGGCACGGUCCGGUACGUCCUGACCGGCGACGGCGCCGGCAGCCUGUUCCUGAUCGACGAGAAGUCGGGCGACAUCCACGCCACCAAGCGGCUGGACCGCGAGGAGAAGGCCAUGUACACGCUGCACGCCAAGGUGCUGGACCGCACCACCAACGCCGAGCUGGAGCCCGACACCGAGUUCAACAUCAAGAUCCACGACAUCAACGACAACGCGCCCAAGUUCGCCAGGGACAUCUACUUCGCCAGCGUCCCCGAAAUGUCCGACGUCGGAACAUCAGUCGUCACGGUAACCGCCACCGAUGCGGACGAUCAAACGUAUGGAAACAGUGCGAAGCUGGUCUACAGCAUCCUGCAGGGCCAGCCCUACUUCUCUGUGGACUCAGAGAACGGCACCAUCAAGACGGCGCUGCCCGGGAUGGACCGGGAGGUGAAGGAGAACUACCAGGUGGUGAUCCAAGCCAAAGACAUGGCGGGACAGAUGGGCGGUCUCUCGGGCACAACAACAGUUAGCAUCACGCUUUCCGACGUCAACGACAGCCCGCCGCGCUUCGCCAAUCACUCCUUCCGGGUGACGGCGGCAGAGUCCACGGAGAUCGGCGGAGCCAUUGGACGCAUCAAAGCAGACGACCCGGACAUCGGACACAACGCAGACAUGGAGUACAGCAUCGUCGGGGGUCACGACAUUUUCAACAUUAUCACAGACCAAACCACGCAGGAGGGAGUCAUCAUCAUCAAAAAGGCGCUGGACUACGAAAGCAAACGAGACUACGAGUUCCGGGUGGAGGUGAGAAACACCUACCUGGACGCCCGCUUCAUCAACGGCCUGCAGUUCAAAGACCACGCCACGGUGAAGGUGACGGUGGAGGACGUGGACGAGUCGCCCGUCUUCACCAGGAACCCCUACAUCAUCGAGGUGCACGAGGACACGGCGGCGGGCAGCUUCGUCGGGGUGGUGUCGGCGAGGGACCCUGACGCCGAAAACAAGCCAGUCAAAUAUUCCAUCGAUCGACACACCGACCUGGAGCGGCUGUUCAACGUGGACUCUGUCAACGGCACCAUCACCACGCUGAAGGCGCUGGACAGAGAGAUGUCCAAGUGGCACAACAUCUCUGUGGUGGCCACGGAAAUGAACAACCCCCGGCAGACCACCCGCGUGCCCGUCUUCAUCAAGGUGCUGGACGUCAACGACAACGCCCCCGAGUUCGCCAUGUCCUACGACACCUUCGUCUGCGAGAACGUCAGAGCUGGUCAGCUGAUUCAGACCAUCAGUGCCGUCGACACCGACGAGCCGCUGGUCGGCCACAAGUUUGUCUUCAGCAUCAAUCCUGGCAACCCCAACUUCACCAUCGUCGACAGAGAAGAUAACACGGCUAACAUCCUGACCAAGAGAGGAGGCUUCAGCCGGCGAGAGAUGAGCCUGUACUUCCUGCCUGUGGUCAUCUCAGACAACGACUACCCCAUCCAGAGCAGCACCAGCACGCUCGUCGUGCGCGUGUGCGCCUGCGACAGCCGGGGCAACAUGCAGACGUGCAACCCCGAGGUGCUGCCCUUCUCUGACGGCCUGACCACCGGAGCGCUGGUCGCCAUCCUGCUCUGCGUGAUCAUCCUCCUCAUGAUCGUGGUUCUGUUCGCUGCCCUGAGGAGGCAGCGGAAGAAGGAGCCUCUGAUCAUCUCCAAAGAGGAUGUCAGAGACAACGUCGUCAGCUACAACGACGAGGGAGGCGGCGAGGAGGACACCCAGGCCUUUGAUAUCGGCACGCUGCGCAACCCGGAGGUGAUGGAUGCUAACAAGCUACGCAGGGACAUCAUCCCCGAAAUGCUCUUCCCCUUUCGGAGGACGUCGCCGAUUAAAGACAACACAGACGUCAGAGACUUCAUUAACGGGAGGCUGCAGGAGAACGAUUCGGAUCCGACGGCGCCCCCUUACGACUCCCUGGCCACGUACGCGUACGAAGGCAGCGGCUCACUGGCGGAGUCGCUCAGCUCCCUGGAGUCGGCCGCCACCGAGGGCGACCAGGAGUACGACUAUCUCAGCAACUGGGGACCUCAGUUUAAGAAGUUAGCGGAGAUGUACAUAGGCAAAAGUCCCGACAGAGAAACUUAGACGUGAAACUCUUUUCUGGAAUUUAUUUUCGUCUCUUCAUCGCUGGCAAAAGGCCGUUCAUCUGUCGACCUAUCGAUACAUUUGUCUGUCUAGUUUGCUAGCUUGGGUGCUGGUCGGCUAGUCUUUCUCCAUGAUCACACGAAACCCCUGUUUGACCUGGUAUGGAGUUCUGUGGGUCACUUAACAAUCGGAUUGUGCGCAGUUGUUUAGAACAUAUUGUGACUCGUAAGGUAGUUGGCCGGGUUGCACCUCCGGUACAAAGCAAUACUCACACUGAUGGUCCAAGAUACCUUGAUUCCAGGGAAACCCGGGACACUUUCUUCAGUCCGGACAAGUUCGUUGGCCGCUUCAUGCCGUGAAAUGCCCCGCCUAGUCAAGACCAAUACCCCGAGUCAAGACAGCCACUAAAGACAGACACAUCAGUCUGUCGUCAUGCAUUGACCAAACUUGGGUUCACAACCAACCCAGAAGGUUUUUACUGAAAUGUGUACGACAUUUUUAGAGUUUAUUCCGUUGAGAAAAUGAACGGAGGAGAUUGCCAAACGGCCAAGAUACCAUGGGACUAGCAGCCAGAGACGGAGCUCUUCUGAUGUAAAUAAGGGUCAUUCACAGGAACGUAGGGGGCGAUCAGGAGGCAGUUUUUCCAAAUUAAAAGACUUUCGUGGUUACGUUGCAACUGUCAUGAACGAGAUGGAGACGAAUGCGCGUCGUCUCUGGACACAGGGAGAUUAGGAUUAGCAAUUCAAAACACACAAGAGGACACACAGAUGAGAAGGCGGAACCUCAGGAAAACGGGAAUCAGCGGCUGAGUUUGCUCCGCAUGACGUCACCACAGGUGCCAAGACACAGGUGAGAGAAUAUCUCACUUGAUAGGAGACACAGGGGAAAGCAAUGGUUCAGUCGAGACACGCUACUUUGAGCUGACUCGCUGUUCCCUUUAAAUCCUGUUUGACGCGGUGAAAGUGAACUGGAGAAUCCAGACGCGGCAGAGAACCUGCUGCUGGGACAGAGAAACAACUGCUCAACAAUUCACAAACCUUGCCGUGUCGGAAGCUGUAGUGAUGAAACCUUACUUUGUACUUCUGCUCUUGCGAUCCACGUUUUAUCCGGCUCUGUCGUCGCAGAUCCGAUCACAGGCCCAUCCGAACGCGGGCUGUACGGGGUCAAGCGGGGGAAGCGCUUGCACACAACGCCAACAAAACGAGCGGACAAAACUCCAGAAAUACUCAAAGGUUUGAACGUUUUCUUUCAGUCAUACGCAGUAAAGAUGCCUUUGAGGUUUAGAUCUUUUUGUGAACACUGGUGUGGAAAAUGUGUUUUGUAUUUGAGCAGAGAGAUAGUAGUCUUGUAUACUAUCGAUGUCGUGAUCAGGGUGUGUGGGGGGAGGGAGGGGCGGGGGAAGGAGGAGGAGGCGAAGGCGAGCGGCUUUUCCGUUCCAAACCGUCAAUGUACAGUGUUUCUUACGAUCCUAUAUUCUAUUUGCUAUCUUUGUCCCGAGGAGGUGACGUGGACGGUCGGUGCCGUGUGUCCGUGGAUCUCAUCUCAUCGCUGUAGGUGUACAAUGUAACGGAAGUGUGUGUCGUAGGAAAGUGUCAUACACUGGAGUCAUGAUGUCUGAAU